CUCCUGGUUCGCCCUUUAUGUCCCAGCCUGAGCGCCGUUCAGCCGCCGUGUCUCGCUCUGAGUCCCGUAGUGAAUCAGAAGAUGGCGGAAGCUCCCCUACGGACCUGCCGGUUUUUCUGUCACCGAUGUUCAGAAGAGAUCAGCCCUCGCCUCCCGGAUUACACCUGUCCACGGUGUGAAUCUGGCUUCAUUGAAGAGUUACCAGAGGAGAGAAGUGCAGAGAAUGGAUCCACAUCCACACCCUCCACCAGUGAUCAGAACCGUCCCCCAUUUGAGAAUGUGGACCAGACCUUGUUUACCUUCCCGCAUGGCUACGGUCAGUUUGCUCUGGGGAUCUUUGGUGAGGGCUUUGAUUUGCGGGCAGGGCUGCCCACUGAGGACAACCGUGAGGCAGAGAACCGCAGAGAGCGGGAGAUGGCCUCCCGCCAGCGUUACGGAGCCAGACAGCCACGGGGACGCCAUGUCCCCCGGAGACAAGGGACGCGGCAUGAAGGGGUGCCAACUUUAGAGGGAAUAAUUCAGCAGUUAGUAAAUGGAAUCAUCGCACCAACAGCUAUGCCAAACAUGGGCAUGGGACCAUGGGGAAUGCUACAUUCAAAUCCAAUGGACUAUGCAUGGGGUGCCAAUGGAUUAGAUGCUAUUAUAACACAGUUAUUGAAUCAAUUUGAAAAUACGGGUCCACCUCCAGCAGACAGAGAGAAAAUCAAAAGCCUCCCAACAGUUCAGAUCACAGAAGAGCACGUGGGUGCUGGUUUAGAAUGUCCUGUGUGUAAAGAAGACUACAGCGAGGGGGAGAGCGUUAGGCAACUUCCAUGCAAUCACCUCUUUCAUAAUGAUUGUAUAGUGCCCUGGCUGGAACAGCACGACACGUGUCCAGUAUGCAGGAAGAGCCUGAGUGGGCAGAACACAGCCACAGAUCCUCCAGGCUUAUCAGGAAUGAACUUCUCUCCUUCCUCGUCAUCCUCUUCCUCUUCCAGUUCCCCCAGCAACGAGAAUGCUGCCAACAACUCCUAAAAAAAUUUAAAAUAAAUCCUCCCCCACGUACCCACACGCAACCCCUCAAACACAUUAUCAUCUCAGUCUGACAGUGCUAGCGUGGCCAAACAGUAUAAUUCAGAACCUCCUAAAGCUUGAAUACCUCCAGUCCCCCAAACACACACACACAGACAGAGUUGUCCCUCUUCCAAAUCUCUUAGCAAAGCAGCAACUGCCCUGGAGAACUGGGGAAUGUUCUGUUCUAGACUGUUCUAGAUCAGACACAGUUCUGCAGUUACUGGAAUAGAAUCACCGUGGGGGCUGAGCUGAAACCUGACGACGAUUGUCCAGAGUGCACCCUUUAAGGCCGGCACCACACCAGCGCCCUCUGGUGGCGAGCUAGAGAUGCAUCAUCAUCAUCAGACUCACUGGGACAAACGCCAAAGGAUACCUUGCUAACCAAGCAGAGGAGGAAAAAAAAAACACACAUGCCACUUUCAACAUACCUUCACCAAUACUACAGUGCUUUUUUAUCAUUGAACUGGAGAAUGAUCAUUCCUCAUGGUUUGUGUCCAUUUUUCUUUUCUUUUUUAAAAGCAUGGUGGGCAAUACGUGUCCAAAUUUGGUGAUUUUAAUUGAAAAAGUGGGGGGUUUGAAAAAGAAGGAGGGGGAGAAAGACGUGAAGAAAGGUAGAAGUGCAGAACGUUCACAGAACUCUUCCAGAGCUAGUCUCACACAUACCCACCUGCUCAGCCAGCCAAUAACCGACUGGAUUCGAAUGGCAUUUUAACGGAGACUUUCUUGCAUCCCAAAAAUGGGACACACAUUCAACUAGAAUCUUUUGUUUUUUUUUCUUAUAUUGUGUUUUUUAUUAUAUGAUUUUGAUUUCUUUUUUUAUUCAUUUAUCGGUGGCUAAGCGAUGUACUGUAUGUGAAUACACAUAUAGUGAUAUUUAUUAAGGAAAUAAAAAUAAAACAAGAACUAGAUCAGAAAAAAGCCAACUGAUAUGAAAUCGUCUCAAAAGGAGAAAAGAGUGUUGCUUUCCUCUCUGUAUAAAGUAUUUAUUUGCACAAUAUUUUGUUUUCCUCACUAUUAGAACAAUGAACAAAGACGGUGAAACUACAGUUAGAAUGAGAUUGAGUGGUCCAUCGAGCAUUUGAUUUUUAAGACUUUUGAUUUUUUUUUUUUUUUUUUUUUUUUUUUUUUUUAAAUAUAUACAGUUUAUCCAGCAUUUUUUAAGACUUCAUUUAAGACCUACACAGCCUGGUAAUAAAUGUCAUAUUUCCCUCAUCCUUAAGUGCAGCCACGUUCGUAUUUUUUAUUAUUAUUACUUUCUUCUUUUUUUUUUUUUUAAAUUUUUUCAUCUUCCCAUUCACAUAUUCAGUGACUCAGUUCCAUAAACUUUUUUUUAACUUAUUCUAAGUUAAAUGAUUUGUUUUUGUAAAUCAUAAUAAAGUGAAAGAAGAAUGUA